ACCAACGCUAUAAUAAUUUCCAGCUAGUUCGAUGAGUGAUCCUGAGUCCCCUGAUGCAUGUGUACACGUACGUGCCUAAAAGCUAGCCGCAUGGGCCUGUGCAGCUGUGCUCUGUACAUUGUGUGGAGGCAACGGCGACCCAACGUCGCGGCUACCCGCGUUGCAGCCUGGCUGUACAUACAUGUUGCUGCUGUGUUAGCUUCGCUUAGCACCACACAAACACAAGCUGACCAGUGACCUCUCCUCUCAUGUUCCCAUAUCUAUGGCCGUAUGGGGGAGGUGGUCAAGCCUUCCCCCUCCCCUGCACUGCACCCCCCAACCUUUCCGGAUUAAUUGUACCACCUCGCCUACGCACAUGCGUCCGCCCCCAAUAUAAUACUGCUCCUGCUACCGCCGUGCUCGCUGAAGCAACUCGGGUUCCUCCUCUGAUAUAGUAGUAUUGCGACCAUGAUGGCCGCGGCUAAGCGCCCCUACUGCAAGCCGCCGCCGCCGACGACGACCACGACGGCGAUCACUUCCUCCUCCGGCCAGAAUCACAAGCGGCUCCGCCCUUCGCUACCAGCUGCUGCUGCCAUGGACGGCGGCAUGGAAGAGGAGGCGGUGGCGCCGCCGCCGCCGACGACGAUGACGACCACCACGCCGCCGCAGCCGCUGCUCCCCGGGUUGCCGGACCACCUGGCGCAGCUCUGCCUCUCGCCGCUCCCGCCGCGACUCCUGCACGCCGUUUGCCGGCCGUGGAGACGGCUCAUGUACGCGCCGUCGUUCCCGCCGUUUUUGUCUCUGUACGCGCUCCUCGACGACGCGGAUGCCGACGCCGGCGUCUCGUUUGCCGCCUACGACCCCUUGGCUGGACGCUGGGACGCGCUUCCCUCGCCGCCAAUGCCGUCGCCGCCGCCCAUGCUCUGGCACCCCUCCUUCCUCGCUCGCCGCCUCCCGCUGCAGUCCGUCGCCGCCGCCGGCCGCCUCGUCCUCGUCUCGGGCUCCACGCAGUCCCUGCACCCUGCGCUCUCCCGCCCGCUCGUGUUCGACCCGGCCGCGCCCACGCCGCGGUGGCAGCUCGGCCCGCGGAUCCCGCUAUCCCCGCGCCGCUGGUGCGCGGCCGGCGCGGCGCGCGGCCGCGUGUUCGUCGCCGGGGGCGUCGGCGCCGGCUACGACCCGGCCGUCGCCCGCUCCGGCGCGACGUGGGACCCCGCGGCCUCGCCGCCCCCCGCCGCCGCGUGGGAGCCGAUCCCGCCGCUGCGCGACGGGCGGUUCAGCCGCGACGCCGCGGAGGCCGUCUGCUCCGGCGGGAAGGUCUGCAUGGUCAACCUCCGCACCCCCGGCGCCAAGGAGGGCGCCGUGUUCGACCUCCGCGCCGGCCGCUGGGAGGACAUGCCGCCCGGCAUGCUCGCCGGCUGGAAGGGCCCCGCGGCGGCGUCGCCCCCGGACGACGGCGAGACCAUCUACGUCGUUGACGAGGAGCGCGGCGCGCUCACCGCCUACGACUGGGGCGCCGACCGCUGGAGGACGGUAGCCGAGUCCGACCGCCUCAAGGGGGCGGCGGAGAUGACCGUCGCCGGCGGGAAGGCCUGCGUGGUGGCCCCCGGCGGUGGGAAGGUGUUGAUCGUGGACGUCACGCCACCGCCGCCGCCGCCACCAGCAGCGAGGAGGGAAUCGUGGGCGGCGCCGCCGCCGCCGCCGCGCAUGUGGGAGGUGGCGGCGCCGGGCGGGAAGCGGGUGGUGUCGCUGCACGUGCUGCCCAGGAUGACACGCCCCGAGUAGGCGAAGCUCGUCUCCGCAUGGAUAUGCGAUUCGGUACACGUAACACAGCACAGCACUGUACAAAAACGAGAGCUCUUUUGAUUUUGCCGCAGAUUGAAGCUCGAUUAUUUUUUUAUAUUGAUUUUUGGAGUAAAUUCCCCCCAAAAGCUUUGAAUCAUGCAUGCUUCUGUUCAUUUCAAUCAACAAAAGAAGAAGAAGAGAUGGAUCGAUGGAGCGAAGAAUUUGUUUUUGUCGAUCCACACACACACACACACAAAAAAUCUGAAUGUGAAUGUUCGUAGCGUUUUUGGA